CACAGUGACAUUCUCUACCCACGCUAUAGCGACAUCAAGGAGAUACUACUGGCUUCGGAUGGCAUCGGCAGGAAUGAAAGGAUUCAGGCAGACGGAGAGGAACCAGAGAUGCCCGAGACUGAGACACAAAUAACAGAUCAGAAAAGGAAAAUAUCCGGGCCCGGCAAUGCUGAAGAAGCCCAGAUGCUCAGGGAGAAGCUGGGCCUGUCACAUGCAUCGCCAGCAGCAGGUGUCAGCUCGAAGCAGCCCUUUAAAUUUGGCUUUUCUCCGACUGAACGUGAUGAUGACGCGCCGCAAAUCGAAGAUACCAAUGGUGCUGAACGGAGUACAGAAAGUGGAGAAGAGACGAAAACAACAGAGGCAGACGCUGCUCUUCAGGAGCGUCUCAAGAGGGUGAUGGGAGAGCCUUCUGGCAGCACAGAGCGUCGGGUGUUUGUUGGAGGCAUGCCUUUUGGCUAUGAGGAAUCCGAUGUAUUGGACUACUGGAGCUAUUGCGGCGAAAUAGAGUCCCUGGAUUUGAUGCGUUUCCCUGACACUGGUCGGUUCAAAGGCAUCGCUUUCAUCACCUUCAAGACGGAAGGAGGCUACAAAGCAGCUCUGGAGUGCGAUGGGAUGACAAUCGACACAGUACAGAUCAAAGUUGAGCCUUGCAUAUCGGCAGGCCCCAAAAGGAAGAAGCAACGCAAUGAAGUUGUGUCACAGACCAACAGGAAAGCGCAUUCUGGUGCUGCUCCCAAGGUGGAGGGCUACAAUGUGGCAUAUGUGGGCAAUAUUGCCUUUGAAGCAGGCGAGUCAGAUUUGCGAGAGCUGCUCGCCGGCUGCGAAAUAACAAAAGUGCGACGACAUACGGACAAGGACACUGGCAAGUUCAAGGGAUAUGCCCAUGUACAUUUCGCCGACGAAGAAUCCCUGGACAGGGCGAUGGAAUUUGAUGGUGCAGCCUUGAAAGGCAGGAGAAUCAGAGUUGGAUAUGCACAGGAGAAGAAGCCCAAGGAGUAAAGCAUGAUUCUGGCAUAUUCUCUUUCAGUGACUGGAAAGGCGUCAAUUGUGCUGGGAAAUAUGGACAUCCUUGUCCUAUUUCCUUCAUUGAGAGAGACUGCAGGUUCUCAGUUGUGCCAUAUUGCAAAGAUCAUCGAGAAUAUUGCAGUUCUUGAUUUGUUACCAUAGCAUUGUGGCACAAUUCGGUGACCAAACGGUACAUAAAGUAGGAAAGUUGGUGUUCUCUGCAGCCUGUGGAAGGGGUAGAAGUUAGAUGAGAUUCCUAGUUGGACAAAUAGAUGCAAAAAACUGGUCUCAGCUUGUUACAAGAUCGGUCUG